AUGCGGCCUCUGCCCCAGUGCCCCGCCCUGGCCCUGAGGCAAAAUUUGCCGGAGCCACCCCGUCCCGUCGCCUGCAGAGAGCAGCCCUUCCCUGGCGGAAGGAGGGCCCGACGGCGGAGGCGGGGCCGCUUCCAGCCUGCCUGCCUGCCUGUCUGUCUUGCCUCUCCCUCUUCCAUCCUGGCGCUACUCUCUCCUGGCUCCCCGACGGUGGCGGUGACGUUUCGCUCUGGUUUUGUAAGUUUGGGGGGUCGCUUUGGCAAACUUUGGCGGCGGCCAGGGAUGGGAAGCGGUGGUCAGCGCAGUGGUUAG